GCCUCCGCCCUGCACACGCACACCCACUAACCGUCGCCCCCACACAACCCGCGGCACAUCUCCCCAGCCAUGUCUCCGUCUGUCCUCCGCUCCCAGACCGCCGUCGUCCUCCACGGUGCACGCGACCUCCGCGUCGAGCAGCGCACCCUCUGGCCGCCCCAGCAGGGCCAUGUCCAGAUCGACGUUCGCGCGACCGGCCUCUGCGGCAGCGACUUGCAUUACUACCUCCACGGCCGCAACGGCGACUUUGCCCUCCAGGCUCCCCUCGUUCUCGGCCACGAGGCCGCAGGCGUCAUAACUGCACUCGGGCCCUCUUCCUCGUCGUCAUCUACCCACGGCUUCUAUGUUGGCCAGCGCGUCGCUAUCGAGGCAGGCAUCAAGUGCGGCCAAUGCAGCUAUUGCGCCAAGGGCCGCUACAACCUCUGCAAGAACAUGCGCUUUGCUAGCAGCGCCAAGACCUUCCCCCACCUCGACGGCACCCUCCAGGAGCGCAUGAACCAUCCCGCGUCCUGUAUCCAUCCACUACCGGAUAACGUCUCUUUCGAGCAGGCCGCACUCGCAGAGCCCCUCAGCGUGCUCAUCCACGCGAGCCGGCGUGCGGGCCUCAGCUCCUCGACACCCCCGUCGCAGCUGCCAACGAGCAUGAUCGUCCUCGGCGUCGGCGCCAUCGGCCUGCUCGCCUGCGCCGUCGCACGGACGUACGGCAUCCAGCGCGUGUGCGCCAUCGACAUCAACCGGGCCCGGCUCGACUUUGCGCUCGCGCACGGCUUCGCGGACGCGGUCUUCUGCCUGCCGCCGCCGACGGGCGAGAAGCCGAAGAACGCGGACGAGCAGCUCAAGCGCGCCAAGGACGCGGCGGACGCCGCGCUGCGCGAGUUCGGGCUCACCGAGGACGGCGGCGCGGACGUCGUGUACGAGUGCACCGGCGCGGAGCCGUGCAUCCAGCAGUCCAUCUUCCUCGCCGCCGCCGGCGCCAAGGUGCUCCUCAUCGGCAUGGGCACGCGCCAGACGGUGCUCCCGCUCAGCGCGGCCGCGACGCGCGAGGUCGACGUGCUCGGCAGCUUCCGCUACGCGGACACGUACCCCGAGGCGCUCGCGCUGCUCGCCCUCGAGGGCAGCUUCGUGCGCAAGCACGCCGCGGCGCUCGUCAGCCACCGCUUCGCGCUCCCGGAGAGCAAGCGCGCGUUCGAGCUGCUCGCCAAGGGCCGCGACGAGCACGGCGCGAUGGUCCUCAAGGUCGUCAUCUCGCCCGACGGCGCCCAGGCGCAAUAACACGACGCGAGUCUUUCCGUCGCGACACCUCCCGGGACGUGUGUGUCCUCUCCCGGUGACAGACUAGCCCCUCCGCCUUAGCAUUGCACGCCACCCGCCGCCCCGCCCGCACGAGACCGGCGUCACUGAGUCCGACGUGAACCGACUGUGAUCUAUGGGCACCUCCGUUCCGCCCCCCUCCCGCACGCCCCGCCUCGCGAUACCUGCUUCAACGCAAACAGCUCCCGCCAUACGCAUUAUAUGUAUACACAUACACUAUAGACCUCUCCCGCCCAUGCACCCAAAACUUGAUGCACUGCACGAUCCGCUAGCACCAACUUAUUCUAUUGCCUGCGCCGCCUGCGCGCAUAUACCUCGCUCUUCUUCUCCUGCAGGCCCUUGCUUUCUUGCUUACCGUCGCACAUUUUCUUCCUUUUUUCUUCCUCUUUUCUUUACUUUCUCGUCAUCUGCUGUAUCAAUAACGCCUGUGGCCUUCUUCCCACUCAAUUGCAAAAGCCCAC